CUCUAAUAAUGGUGUUACAGCAUCAUAAUAAACCCAAAACCAAUAUUUCGCUAGGCGAAAAUAAAUCAUUCGCUAUCUAAGAUAAUGCACUAUUUGUCCCUCGUCGCCAGCUCCUCAGUGUCCUUUAUUCCGACGGUCGUAAAGGCCAAAACGUUUGUCUAUUAGGUUAUUGUGACAGGAACAACGUUCUUCAGUUCUAAAGAUACGAAUGGGUAUAAAACAGAUGUCAGGCGUUAUCGGCAAGCUUAAUGAGGUGAACGUCAUAGCGUCAUGAUGGGCGGAAACAGUGUUAUUAAGCAGCAGACGCUUGAAGACAUUCUGACGGAGAAGCAGCUCCAUCAGAUAGUCAAAGAAUAUGUGGGCGAGGAGCCUUGGCAGUUGAUGGACUAUUCGAUCAAGCCGGCGACCGAAGGUCUUGCAGGUUUCCUAGGCGUACAUCUGAAGAUACGUCUGAACGUCAAGCUCGAAGGAAGAACGAAGACGAUUUAUUUGUUCGCCAAAUGUAUGCCGUUCGACAAUAAGCCGAAGAUAGAUUUCAUUGAUAGAAACAACUUUUAUAGGCGAGAGAUGGUCAUGUUCCAAUUGAUUGAGAAGAUGCGUGCUUCUGAAGGCCCGAGCCCCUGGUGCACAAGAGCCCUCGUAUGCAACGAGUCGAUCCUCGUGCUGCCGGACCUGCACGUGCAGGGCUACGCCACGCGCCCGCACAACCGGACUUUAGAUCUCCCGCACGUGCUGGUCGCGGCCGCGUCCCUGGCCCGCUGCCACGCCGCCGUCGCCAGCCACGAGGCCCGCGGAGACAAGCCGCACGGCUUCUACCGGGAGCACGAGUCCACCCUCACCGAGCCCAACUUCGUCGCGUCGCCCUGGCUCACCGCCGCCGCCAAACUCACGGCCAACAUCCUGACCGCCUUCUCGACGAAGCCUCUCAAGGACAUCCCCGACUUGGAGGACAAGAUUCAUCACAAAUUCCUGGCGGCCUGCGACGACCUGACGCUCUACGAGGACACCCUCAACGUGGUGCUUCACAAGGACAUGUGGCCGAACAACAUUAUGUUUAAAUACGAGAACGGCCUACCCGCCAACGCGCUGCUCAUCGACUUCCAGUGCAUCCGCUACGGGCCUCCGUCCUUCGAUCUGAUGGCGUUUCUGUACCUGACCACCUCGAGGUUGUUCCGCGAGCAGCACGAGAGGAAAAUCCUGCACUACUAUUAUUGUGUGUUUUACGAUUCGCUGGACGAGGUCGCGAAACGGAAGGUGAACGAUUUGGGACUCGAUAGGGAGGAGUUCCUAAGGUGGUGCGAACGGAGCCGCAGGUUCGGGUUGUGCGAGGCGAUCUGCAUAUUCCCCUAUGUUUUGAUGGAUCCGGUGGUCGCUCAGAAGACUUUCGAUGAUCCGGUGACCUUCGACAAGUAUUUCGUGGAAGAUCGCUCGGAACCCGUGCUGGCUCACGCCAAUGAGGACCCUAUUUAUAAAAACCGACAGCUGGAAGUUGCCGAAGAGUUUGUCGAGAGAUACGUUCUGAAUCAACCCUUAGAGCCGUAAGAAAAUUAGUGCUGUAGACUGAAGUUGUACUCGUAAAUAUUAAGCUAAGAUGAAGCGAUAAAGUCUGGGCCAUAUUUAGUCGUAGCGAAGACGAGUAAACUGAGUCGAUUUGGUAAAAACCAAAAAUGGAAGGCAAACACGUUGGUAUUACAGGUACGAUUUAAUAGUUCACUGUUUUGGGUUAAUGUGUGCAAGUGUUUUUUUAUUAUAAUGAAUAAAUCGUUGAUGUAAUAUUUUGUUUCAUUUCAUCACAUUGCGAUUUGGUCGCUUUUUACCUUGGAUUAGGAGAGCAUACAGAGUUGUUGCUGAAUAUGUACGUGGCCAGUUGUAGUGGUUUUCCAUAAGCGUCUUAGAAUCGAACGAGAUUGCAAAGCGGCCAGAUCCUGCGCAUAUGAUGUAAGCCGCGGACGCGCCAUAUGGCCGGCCGGCUGGUGCGCCGGCGCCUAUGGCCAUGUCACGCGCGCCGUAUCGGGAGAAAAAUAACUAUUUGCUAAUGUCGUUGCGCAGCUUUGACUGAUUUAUGGGAUUAGAGAAAUCGCAAUUGAAUACGGAGAGUGAAUAGAAAGCUAAAGUUGAUGUUAACAUUGAUUGGGAGGUUCUUUGUUGAUUAAUUUGUUUGUUUAUGUAGCUAAAUUAUU